AUGAGCGCCGGAAUCGUAUCCAAGCCCUGUGCACGCUACGUCAAGCGCGGAGGCUACUUCCUGGCAUCCGACGCGCAUUUCGACGCGCGGACGACUGCUCUCGACCCGCGUUUUCAACUCGUGGCGGUGUACGACCCUGACGCGAAGAGGCUUGAAACGAAGCGUUUGGAGGACUGUUUCAUGACCACUUCGGGUGCGAAGAUUUCCGCCGACCAGGUCAAGGUCAGCAUGACAAAGCCGAAAGGGAGUCGUGGCUUCAAGCUGAAACGUGAGGAUUGGUUCUACCUCUUCAAGCGAAUCCGCUGA